AAAAAAAAAUUACAACCCCUGCCCAGUUCCCAGCCCCCUCAGUACCCACCAUGUCUGCCGCUGAAACUAACCAAGUCCAAGAAUCCUUGGAAAAGUUGAACCUCGAGUCCAACGCCACCACCGAAGAAGUUACUGCUCCAGCUGCUCCAGCCGGUGAAUCUGAAGAAGCCGCUGACCAAGCUUCCGUCAACGACACCUCCGCUUCCCUCUACGUUGGUGAAUUGAAUGUCUCCGUCAACGAAGCCACCUUGUUCGAAAUCUUCUCUCCAAUCGGUCAAGUUGCUUCCAUCCGUGUUUGCCGUGAUGCCGUCUCCAAGAAGUCCUUGGGUUACGCUUACGUCAACUUCCACAAGCUCGAUGAUGGUGAGAAGGCCAUCGAAGACUUGAACUACUCUUUGAUUGAGGGCCGUCCAUGCCGUAUCAUGUGGUCUCAAAGAGACCCUUCCUUGAGAAGAAACGGUGAUGGCAACAUUUACAUCAAGAACUUGCACCCAGCUAUUGACAACAAGGCUUUGCACGACACCUUCUCUGCUUUCGGUAAGAUUUUGUCCUGUAAGGUUGCUACCGAUGACAUGGGUCUCUCCAAGUGUUUCGGUUUCGUCCACUACGAAACCGCUGAGGCUGCUGAAGCUGCCAUUGAAAACGUCAACGGUAUGUUGUUGAACGACCGUGAAGUUUACGUUGGUAAGCACAUCUCCAAACAAGACCGUGAAUCCAAGUUUGAAGAAAUGAAGGCUAACUUCACUAACAUUUACAUCAAGAACAUUCCAUUGGACUUCUCCGAAGAGAGCUUCAAGGCUUUGUUCCAACCUUACGGUGCUAUCACCUCUAGCUACUUGGAAAAGGACGCCGAGGGUAACUCCAAGGGUUUCGGUUUCAUCAACUUCGAAGACCACGAAGCAGCUGUCAAGGCUGUUGAUGAAUUGAACGACAAGGAAAUCAACGGUCAAAAGAUCUACGUCGGUAGAGCUCAAAAGAAGAGAGAAAGAUUGGAAGAAUUGAAGAAGAGAUACGAGACUGCUCGUUUGGAAAAGAUCUCUAAGUACCAAGGUGUCAACUUAUUCAUCAAGAACUUGGAUGACACCAUUGACUCCGAAAAGUUGGAAGAAGAAUUCAAGCCAUUUGGCUCCAUCACUUCCGCUAGAGUCAUGGUUGAUGAAACCGGUAAGUCCAAGGGUUUCGGUUUCGUUUGUUUCUCUGCUCCAGAAGAAGCUACUAAGGCUAUCACCGAAAUGAACCAACGUAUGGUUCUUGGCAAGCCAUUGUACGUUGCUUUAGCUCAACGUAAGGAUGUUAGACGUUCUCAAUUGGAACAACAAAUCCAAGCUCGUAACCAAAUGAGAAUGCAAAACGCUGCUGCUACCGGUGGUAUUCCAGGUCAAUUCAUGCCACCUAUGUUCUACGGUCAACAAGGUUUCUUCCCACCAAACGGUAGAGGUAACGCUCCUUUCCCAGCUCCAAACCCACAAAUGAUGAUGAGAAGAGGUCAACCAUUUGCUGGUCCAGAACAAUGGCCUAGACCAGGACCAAACGGUCAACCACUCCCAGUUUACGGUAUCCCACCAGCCGGUUACCCAGACUUCCAAGGUCAAAACAUGCGUCAACCAAGAGGUGGAUACUACCCAAACAAUCGUCCUCAAAACGGUAAGCGUGGUAAGGACUUAGCUGGUAUUAUUGCUAACGCUCCAGAAGAGCACCAAAAGAAGAUCUUGGGUGAAGAAUUGUACCCAAAGAUUGUUGCUACUGGUAAGGCUCCUGAACCAGAAGCUGCUGGUAAGAUCACCGGUAUGAUGUUGGGAUUGGACAACCGUGAAAUCUUGGCUUUGUUGGAAGAUGACGAAUUGUUCAACACCCAAUUCGAAGCUGCUUUGGCUGCCUUCGAAGAGUACAAGAACUCCGAAGCAGGUGAACCUCAAGUCUAAACUGAUAAUGUUGAGAUUGUAUUCUAUUUAACAUAUUAAUGUAAUGGUAUUUGGGUUAAUGGAUUUAUUAGAUACAAAAAAUGAAAAAAAUUUGAAAAGACUGAACAAACCA